AUGACGACAAGUGAUGAAGCGGCCGCAUUUUGCCAUGACCACAUUCAACAUCCGCUGAUGUGGUGUGAUGAGAAAAGGCGUCUAGUGGAACGUAGAAAUGCCGAGGAAAGUUUAAGGAUGUGGAGGCGCAGAAAGGCCGAAGAAAUGGCACGUAAAGAAAAAGAUAAACAGGAAUAUUAUGAAUUAUUUGUUAAACACUGCCCUUGGGGUAGACCGGGUGGCGGUGCCCCCAACAUAGAUGUCAGGCGCAAGGAUAUAACAGCUGUGGGUCUACACUCAACUGCACCAAUUACCACCACUCAUCGUUUGACAUCAUUGCAGCCAUGUCGUUUUAGUGAUUAUUUUGCUAAACACAAACGUUGCUUAGAUCCAGUAGCGGCAUAUCAUCCCCAUUCUCAUUAUCAUCAUCAUCACCACCACCAGCAACAGCAGCAGCACCAUUCGGUGCCUCGUGUCACCGCACACACACAUCAUGCAGUGCAACAUAUAAGUGGUGAUAAUGCACGUCCCAUACAAGCCAGUAGCACUUUAACACUAUGUGAACGUGAUGUGGCUACUGUAGCUACUAGUAGCGGUGGUGCAGCUGGAACCACUACAAUUGGGGCGGCUGGUGUUAAGAGCGAUGCCAAUAAACUGAAUGCUGAAAGUUUGCAAAUUACCUUAAAAGAUCAUCCAUCCAUGUCAUUUCGCAACAAGGGGCAUGUUGACAUAGAGGUGCGUUAUAAACCCAAUGCUGCCACAAAAGGUAAACCAAUGUUGGAAAAAAUUGUGGUCACCGAAAGUGACAAGUGUCCUUUGUUGUUGGAGCACAAAAAUGCCAAGGUAGAAGCUAAAAUAUUGACAACAAGACCAAAGAAAACAUUGGAUAAAAUUGAAAAGCCGCCCAGCAAGGAUCCUUGGGGUAAGCCAGGCCCUGGUGGCAAGCCGUGGCGUAGUCCUAAGGCAGUAGGAAGUUCAUUUAUGAAGUCGUUGGGUUGGACGAACAAACAAAUGCUUAAAGACCUGGAUCAAGAUAAUCCCGCCACACCGGCAGAGAAGCCAACAUUUCGUAAAUCACGUGCUUCCCGUAAAACCACAAGAUGUUGCGAUGUAUGCACUUGCACAUGUCCAGCCAUGAUCUUAAAUUCCAGUCCACUUAAACCGAUACAAAAGCAAACAAAUUUACAUGCAAACAAAGAGCAAAAACCAAAAAUAUGCCCACGUUUGUUGCGCCACAACAAAACGAUUGAUACGACCACAGACAACAGUGCCAAUAUGAGGGGUGGUUGUGGUGGUAUCAUGAAAGCGGCAGCAAUGGCUGAUAAUCAUGGCGUUGAAUUGGUGCCGCUGUUGGCACGUAGACGUGCCUUUGAACGUCCCAUUAGUUUAUCGACAACGGAUGUAACCAAACGUACAGCAUCAAAUGAUAGGUACGCAUCCAAAUUGAACAUGCAUAGUAACAACAACAACAUCCAUAACAGCAACAAUAAAUACAAUAAAAACUUUAACAACAACAAUAACAAUAACAACAUUAAUAAUACAAAUGGCACUACAUGUUGCUUGAAAAAAUUCACAUUGCAUAUCCGUUAG